AUGUGUAGUGAAGCUAUGAAAGUAGGUGGGGUCGAUAUUUACAUUGAGCAAAACAGAGGUGAAGAAGAAAGGGUUGAUGAAGAAGUACAGAAGGAUGGUGAAGAAGAAAGAGAGGAAGAAAUCAUCGAAGAAGGAGGAGAAGAUAUUCCAUUUCAGUCACUCUUUGGGGAUAUUCGUGAUGAAGAAGUUAGAGGUGAAACUAAUGAUGAUGAAGAAGUUAGAGGUGGAGCUAAUGAUGAUGAAGAAGAAGAAUCUGAGAGACAGUUAAGGGAUGAUGAACAUCUGGCUCCUGCUGCUGACAGUGACGAUGAAUGGGAAUACUUCAAUCGACAGAAAAAUGUCAUUUCGAGAACAAGAUACAGCAAUGAGAAGCCUCAUUACCUGUGGUUAAUGCAGUCAUUCAAGAGUGGAGAAGAGUUCAAAGAACAACUGUUGCACUAUGUUCUGAAGACAAACUACGAUGUGAAGCUAUAUGGACAUAACCAUAUGAAGAAUAGCAAAGCAAGGAUGUUGAAGCAGGGUACAAUUGCAAGGUUGUAUAAGGAUAAAGCAAAUAAAAGGCCUUGUAUUAAGUGGACUGACAUCAAGGAUGAGAUAAUGAUGAGGUACAAUCUCUCAGUUUCUAAAAGGAUAUGCACGAAAGCAAGAAGAAUGGCUCUAGAUUUGGUUAUAGAAACCCAGAGGGAACAAUUCGCCAAACUGUGGGAUUACGAGAAGGAGCUUCAGCGUUCAUUUGAUAAUAUGAAGACUGAGAUUGUUACUAUUCCUCGUGAAGAUGGUAAGUUUGUAUUUGAUAGAUUCUACAAUUGCUUUGAGUAUCUUAAGAACACAUGGAAGCGUUGUUGCCGGCCUAUUAUAGGACUUGAUGGGGCGUUUAUGAGAUGGGAGUUAAAAGGUGAGAUUCUUGCAGCUGUUGGACGAGAUGCGGAUAAUAGGAUUUAUCCUAUUGCGUGGAAAAUAGUUAGAGUCGAAGAUAAUGCCUCAUGGAUUUGGUUUGUUGAUAAGUUGAAGUCUGAUUUUGAUUUGGGGUUAGGAAAUGGAUUCACUAUCAUAUCUGACAAGCAGAAAUGUUUGAUAAAUGUUUAUGGACAGUCAGAGUAUGAGGAUUACUUCUGGGAAAUUGCAUACAGCGUCACUCAAGGUGAUUAUAAGUACAAUCUGCACGCUUUAGAAGUGUUCGAUGCAGCAGCACAUGAGGACUUGCUGAAAACAGAAUCGAAGACAUGGUGUAGAGCGUUUUUCAGUCCAUAUGCACGAUGCGAGGAUGUGUGUAAACCACUCGGAAAGCUUCAAUAG